AUGGCUGUGGUCUGCAUGACAAUGACAUGCUAUAUCAUGGAUAUAAGAAAAAAAGACAGCUCGAAUACGCAUCCUGGUCUCUUUGACUAUUUCGACUCAUAUUAUGUUGCAGCUAGUCAUCCAGUAAUCAGUAACGAUCGCCAACACCUUCGGCUUUGCUCGGAAUGCCAGAACGGUGUUUGCACUCCAUUCCGUUCCUCUGAUAUUAGCGUGUGCUGUCACUCUUCUAGUGCUUUUUGUGGUCCAGGGAGCAGCGUAGAACUGGAUGGCCUACUGGCUAGAGACUGCUCAAAACUCCCUUGCAGCCAAGGGUAUGAGUGCUCCUUGGCACCUUCGGGUGGUCGAGUUUGUUGCUCGUUAGCGGAAUGUCCCAACGGACAACGGGCGCGUUCAGUUUGUGCGGCUGGGUGUCGACGAGAUGAGAAGUGCGAAUUGAUACAUGGACAACGAUGGUGUUGCCCAGCUUUGACACAAAAAUGCCCCGAUGGUAGAGUUAGGUGA